UCUCACUAAACUCCACCGUCCACACAUCAGCUUAUGAUCUUGUACAACUGCAGACACUCUUAAUUAAAAGAAUUCAGUAACACUUUGAAGAAUCAUCUUCACUAUCCAACAUGGCCUCAAGGAGAAUCAACAGUACAGGUUUAGUUGUUCUCCUUGUGGCCAUGUUGUGGUGGGCAAGAGCCACGGCUCAAUCAGGCUGCACCAACGUGAUCAUCGGCCUGGCUCCAUGCCUAAACUAUGUUUCAGGAAGCUCAUCAACUCCAUCUUCUUCUUGCUGCUCGCAAUUGGCUAGUGUUGUCCAAUCACAGCCAAAAUGUCUCUGCUCAGUACUAAAUGGCGGUGGUUCAUCAUUUGGUGUUACUAUCAACAAGACGCUUGCUUUGGCGCUUCCUGCUGCCUGCAAUGUGAAAACUCCUCCUGUUAGCAAGUGCAAUGAGGCUGCUAAUGGACCUUCAAUUUCUGAUUCUCCAGUGGGUUCUCCUGAAGGUUCGCCUGCUGAUUCUUCAGUGACAGGAGGAUCAAAAACAGUUCCAUCUACAGCGACGAGCUCUGCCAAUGGUCUUAAAAUGGAUAUGACCAUUCAGCUCAUUGUCUUUGCUACGUUCAUGGCUUCAUGUGUCUCAGCUUUUGGCAGCUUCUGAGUUUAGAUAUGGGGGUGUCUUUUGAGCUUCUUCUUUAUUAUGCGUGUGGUGUUUUGUGCUAGUUUUAAUGUAUUAGUAAUAGUACCUCCACAAAAGGUGCAGUUUAAAGUGUUUGAUCUCGUAUGAGUGGUUUGUGUUUGCUUAAUCUGUUGUGACACUUGCUUUGUUAUCUUACUAUAAUAAAAAAGCAAGCUUUUUAGGGUUUUUGUUC